AUGAGUUCAGUUGAAUUAGUACCUGGUGAUUUAAUGGAUAUCACAAAUAUACAUACAGUUCCAUGCGAUGCAAUGCUUGUAUCUGGUGACUGUAUAUUAAAUGAGUCAAUGUUAACUGGUGAAUCUGUUCCUGUCUCUAAAUUACCAAUAAAUGAUAUAACACUACGAAAGAUGAAUUUAUCAUCAUCAACUAUUCCAGCAGAGAUAUCAAAGCACUUUUUAUUUAUGGGAACAAAGAUGGUUAGAGUAAGAGGUGGAGAUAAUGUGUCAAAUGCUACUGCUAUCGUUGUCAGAACAGGUUUUAGUACAGCUAAAGGCGCUCUUGUUCGAUCCAUGUUAUUUCCCAAACCAAAUAAUUUCAAGUUCUAUAGAGACUCAUUUAGAUUUAUUGGUGUUCUAUCCAUUAUCGCUCUUAUUGGUUUCUUAAUUUCUUCCAUUAAUUUUAUUCGUCUUGGAAUUGACACGACUACUAUGAUAUUACGAGCGCUGGAUUUAAUUACAAUCGUUGUACCUCCUGCUUUACCUGCUACAUUAUCAAUUGGAACUAGCUUUGCUAUAAAUCGAUUAAAGAAAUUAGGCAUCUUUUGUAUUUCUCCUCCACGUGUUAAUAUUGGUGGCAAAAUUGAUUGUAUGUGUUUUGAUAAAACGGGUACGCUGACAGAGGAUGGUUUAGAUAUUCAUGGAAUUCGUGCCAUAAAAACAACGGAAGAUGGUAAAAAAUUCUUUGAAGAAGAAUGUAAAUCGAUAUCCCAUGUAGAUCCAAAUAAUGACGACGAUAGUUAUUCAACGAAAUCCAAGAUUUUACGUACCAUGACCACCUGUCAUUCAUUAAAGAUUAUAGACGGAGAACUCUUAGGCGAUCCACUCGACCUCAAAAUGUUUGAAUUUACUCAAUGGGAAUUGGAAGAAAGUGGAGGAUUAUCAUCGAUGGGGUUAAAGUCUAGAAGUGAAUUAGCCUCAUUACAUGCCAAGAAAAGUGCUAAAGUAGGUAUUAUGCCUACCGUCGUACGUCCACCCGGAGGUCGACAAGAUAUUAAUUUACAAGUAGAAAAUGCAACGCCGCCUAUCGAGUUUGGUAUUAUACAUACAUUUGAAUUUAUUUCGUCUCUUCGAAGAAUGAGUGUUAUUGUUCGAAGGCUAGCUAGUCCUACUAUGGAAGUAUUUGUAAAAGGUGCUCCUGAAGUGAUGAAGGAUAUCUGCAUCCCCAACUCGAUACCUGAGGAUUAUCAAGAAAGACUUUAUAAAUAUACACAUUUCGAAUGCAAUUUGACUUUUUUAGGUUUUAUUAUCUUUGAAAACAAACUUAAACCUCGUACAACAGCAGCGAUCACAACGUUACGUAAUGCAAACAUUAGACAAAUUAUGUGCACUGGUGAUAAUAUAUUAACAGCAGUGAGUGUAGCUAGAGAAUGUGGGCUAAUAGAUUCGUCAGCAGAGGUUUAUAUUCCCAGAUUUUUAAAAGGAUCUUCUACUGAACCUGAUUCAGAGCUCUGUUGGGAAAGUGUUAUGCAUGAAGGCAAUAAAUUAUCUACAGAUACACUACAGCCUUACUACUUUGAACACAUAAACGAUCAUAAUAUUCCAUAUAGGCGGUCACAAGAAUAUUAUCUAGCAGUUACAGGAGAAGCCUUCCGUUGGAUGGUGGAUCAUGCACCCAUUGAAUCACUUCAACGUAUGCUUGUAAAGAGCGCUAUUUAUGCUCGAAUGUCCCCAGAUGAAAAACAAGAGCUUGUCAUGGAAUUACAAAAUAUUGGAUAUUGUGUUGGUUUUUGUGGUGAUGGUGCUAAUGAUUGUGGAGCAUUGAAAGCAGGAGAUAUUGGUAUCUCACUUUCCGAAGCAGAAGCCUCUGUUGCAGCACCAUUUACAAGUAAUACAAUGGAUAUUGAAUGCGUGAUUGAUGUAAUCAACUUGAUUCAGUUUACUUCAGUUACUCUCUUAUAUGCCUUUGGUAGCAAUCUCGGUGAUUUUCAAUUUUUAUAUAUUGAUUUAUUCCUUAUUUUACCAAUAGCAGUUUAUAUGGGACAUACAGCUGCAUGGCCACAUCUUCAUAAAAGAAGACCUACUGCAAGUCUGGUUUCUAAAAAAGUGUUAACAUCCUUAAUAGGACAAAUUAUUAUCAAUUCUGGAUUUCAAUUUAUAUCUUACUGGGCGGUACAUCAACAAUCAUGGUAA